AAUUGUCCGGCCACGUAGCCGGCAACGCAGCAAUGUUGACGCCCUGGAGCAAUAAUGUUGUAUUUCACAACCUCUGUUGACGCGCUUCUCUGCACACACCAUUCUACACACCGCGUUCUCAGAGCUCUGCAGCCAUGUUAGGGAGCUUAGCUGGAUCGCUCACUUCCGCCGUCGUUGGCAUCGCGAAAGAUAAGUUAGCGGCCGCCAUCGUGGAGCAGGCCAAUUCGCUGUGGAACUUCGGCGACGACCUGGAGGACAUGAACUCGAUGCUAGAGACCAUCUCAGCGGCGCUCCAGGAUGCUGAGAGGCGGUCGGCCAAGGAGAAGUUGGUGCAGCUGUGGCUCAAGCAGCUCAAGCAUGCUGCCUUAGAAAUUGCCGACAUGCUCGAAGACUACCAAGACAAUAGCGAGCGGUUAACUGCAAAGAAGCCAGGAGUGCUUUCAUGGAUGAAGAGCAUGAGAGAAGAGCUGAGGAAAAUCAACAAGGACUUUCGGGAUUUUAAUUUCUCAGAGAGUGGCACUUGCACAUCUCUUGAGCGACAUGACGAGGAUCGUGAAACAUCAUCACGUUUGCCUGAAGAACCAAUUGGGAGGAAUAGAGAAAAGCAGGAAAUCAUCAACCUCUUAUCCGCAGGUACCAAGAAUGAUGAGACUGUGAUUGUUUCCAUCCAUGGCCUUGGAGGUAUAGGCAAGAGUACUUUGGCACAACUAAUUUACAAUGAUGCACAAUUCAAGAAGUAUGACCAUCGUAUAUGGGUUUAUGUGUCCCGGGAUUUCAGUCUAAAGAAAAUUGGAAGCUCUAUAAUUUCUCUAAUACCAAUAGAAGGAGGCCAGCAGAAUAGGGAUACACUGGAAGCCAUAAAUCAGUGCCUAGAUAACCUACUCCGUGGCAAGAAGGUUCUUAUUGUUUUAGAUGACUUAUGGGAGGAAAAGGACACUGUGUUGGGGAAACUGAGGAGUAUGCUUCAGGUGGGCAAGGGCACUACCAUAGAUGUCAUAGUAACCACGCGCAAGGAAGACAUUGCAAGGAAAGUUUCUACAUGUACACCAUACAAGCUGCAGCCUUUAAAUGAUUAUACAUGCUGGGAAAUAAUUAAGAGAUAUAGCAGGUUUGAAGAUCAACAUUACCAAGAAAGAUUAGAGAAGAUAGGAUUGGACAUUGCAAAGAAAUGUGGAGGUGUGGCAUUAGCAGCUCAAGCACUUGGAUACAUGCUACAGUCCAAAGACCUGUCCGGAUGGACUGAAAUAAACAACAGUGAUAUCUGGAAUGAAUCUUUUGAAGAUAAUGGUGGUGUGCUACCAUCCUUGAAGUUGAGUUAUGAAAGGAUGCAACCACAGCUAAGGAUAUGCUUUUCUUAUUGUGCCAUAUUCCCAAAAGGCCAUAAUAUUGCUAAAGAUGAUUUGAUUCACCAAUGGAUUUCUCUUGGUUUUAUCGAGCCAUCGAUGGGGAAGGAAUACACCAGGCAACUUUUGGGCAUGUCCUUCCUUGAAGUUUCAAAGUUGCCCAAGACAUCGGGAGAUCAUAUGAAGCGGUACGCUAUGCACGACCUGGUGCAUGAUCUGGCAACAUUAAUCAUGGGUGAUGAGUUAAUUGUUUCUAAUGUUGCAUCGAAGAAUAAUAAAGCACAUAGCCAUAAAUAUUGUCGUUAUGCAUCGGUUACCAAAUAUGAUCACAUAGCAAGGUUAUCCAAUGUUUUACCCUCAAAGGUGAGGGCACUUCAUUUCUCAGAUAGAGGCAAGCUGGAUCUCUCUUGUGGGGCAUUUUCAUUUGCAAAGUGCUUGCGUAUUUUGGAUUUUAGUGGAUGCUCUGGUAUACUGUUGCCAGCCUCUAUUGGGCAACUGAAGCAGCUGAAGCACCUUACUGCUCCAGGAAUGCAAAAUGAAGUUCUCCCAGAGUUUAUGACUGAGCUAUCAAAACUACAGUACCUGAACCUGAAUGGAUCUUCUCACAUUUCCGCACUACCAGAAUCAAUGGGCAAUCUCUGGUGUCUGAAAUAUCUGGGUUUGUCAGGUUGUUCUCGCAUAACAAAACUGCCAGGAUCAUUUGGUGAAUUAAAAUGUAUGACGCAUCUUGACAUGUCAGGUUGUUUUGGGAUAAGAGAAUUGCCAGCCUCACUUGGCAAUCUCACAAAUUUACAGCAUCUUGACAUGUCACGUUGUUCUGGGAUAAGAGAACUGCCAGCCUCACUUGGCAAUCUCACAAAUUUACAGCAUCUUGAGUUAUAUAAAUGCUCUAAUGUCGAAGCGAUUCCUGAAUCUUUGUGUGGUCUCAUGCAUCUCCAGUAUUUGAACUUAUCAUGUUGUCGUUAUAUCACACGGCUACCAGAUGCUAUAGGCAGCCUGGUCAAUCUACAGUAUUUAAACAUGUCAUGGUGUUGUGUCAGGGAAUUUCCAGAGUCAUUCAACAGGCUCCGUAAUUUGUUGCAUCUAGAUUUGAGUGACUGCUAUAUUGAGAAAGGCUUAGCGGGAGCUCUGCAUGGCCUCACCGCGUUACAAUAUCUGGAUAUGUCAGGCGUGGCGUGCACGCAGAAUAUUUGGAUAUGUGAAGAUCUACCUGUAACUAUGAGAAAACUCACCAAUCUUAAGGAUUUGAAAUUAAAUUCUUUCCUUGGUACCAAUCUUAAUUUUAUAAGUACACUUACCAAUUUGGAGCAUCUAGACCUAUCAUCGAACGGAUUUGAGUAUCUACCAGAAAGUAUUGGUAAUCUCAAAAGGCUGCAUACACUGAAUCUCAAGAAUUGCUGGAUGCUCGAGUCCCUCCCAGAGAGUAUAGUCUAUGCAACUGGACUGAAGUCUGUACUGCUGGACGGGUGCCGACGCAAAUUUAUGGAUCAGGCCAGUUCUUUAUUGCACUAUUCACUAACAUUACCACUUUUUAAGGUUCGUGCUGAUGACUUCAGUGCUCAUAGCAAUCUGCAUGUGCUCGAGGGUGAAAAUGUCGUCGGUGAGUUACAUAUAGUUUCUAUUGAAAACGUACGACUUCUAGAGGAAGCACGGAGACUUAACCUUUUGACCAAACAGAAUCUGUUGAGCUUGAAACUGGCUUGGACAUGGAAAUCGAAUGCUUAUCGACAUCUGGAGGACAAGGAUUUGUUGGGACAACUAGUGCCACCAAUGAGCCUGAAGGACUUGAGUCUAGAAGGUUAUAGCAGUCCGAGCUUUCCUGGUUGGCUCAUGGCAAUUUCUCAUCAUCUCCCUAAUCUUACUUGUAUUGAAUUGAAGGAUCUGCCUACAUGUAGCAACCUACCACCACUUGGACAGUUACCGUACUUAGAAAGCCUACGUCUCUGUAAUAUACCCAAUGUUUCAAAAAUUGACGGGGGCAUCUGCGGUGGCAAAGGAGCAUUUCCCCGACUAGCACACUUCAUAGUAUAUAUUAUGCAAGGAUUGGAGGAGUGGAAUACAACAUGUCCUGGCGAAGAUGGUGUGGAGGAGUUCAUGUUCCGUAUGCUAGAUGUACUGCAUGUAGCUGAAUGUCCAAAGUUGAGGUUGAAACCAUGCCCACCCAAAUGUCGUGAGUUCGUAAUAUUUGAUUGCGACCAAGUUAUAUCUUCACUGGAGAAGGUACAAACCAGCAGCGAUCGCUGCAACUCUAUCCCAACCACCACCAGACUGGCUAUCAGCCGGACAAGACAGCACCAGAGUUUCAGGUUGUUUCACCACUUCCCUGCCCUCCAGAAGUUGAGUUUCUACUUCUGUUCAAAUCUGACGAGCUUGCCGGAGGGCAUACAACAACUCUCCUCCCUUCAGUCGCUCGAGUUGAGAUAUUGUCACAGCAUAUCAGCACUGCCAGAAUGGCUGAGCGACAUCUCCUCUCUUACAAAGCUCGUCAUCAAGCGCUGUGAUAGCAUCAAGUCUUUGCCUGCAUGUAUACAGCACCUCACCAACCUCCAGCAGUUAGUUAUUGAUGGGAACCAGGAACUACUGCAGUGGUGCGAGUCAGAAGAGAACAAGGCUAAGCUCGCACACAUUAACAUAUCGAUUUAUGAGUAGCUUUUGACCUUCUUAACCAAGUACCAUAAAAAUGCCACCAGGGAAAAAGGCAGGUCACAACCAGUUGGACUUGAAUUAUGUCUGUAGAAGUGCAGCUUCAGUUUUAACAUACUUGCCUUCACCUAUUCUCCUUCUGAAAUUGCUUUUGACCCCCAGUAUGUCAUGUGGCUGUGAGACAUUUCUGGGAAACAAGCUCAAAUCAUGUUGAAUCAAAUGAUGUUCACUAGAUCUCAGAUACUGCAGAGCAUAAAGAAGCUGUAGUGUAGUUCACUACAUUUCCUCCAGAGGCCCAUUAAGGCUUUCAGCACAGGCAAAACAUUUGAACUCUAACUGCUUCUGUUAGUGAACUCUGUUUGGUUCUUCAAAUUCUGCAAUAGAUUUUGUCUUCUGUUGAACUUU